AUGGGGGGGAACAGCAGUCUGUUUUUGCCUCUGCGGCGAUGUGGUGGAAAUACAUGGCGUUUGUUUGUCCUUUCCUGUGCAUGUGGCGUUUUGUUAGCAAUGAAGACGACGCAUCACCUCAAGUCCCUCAUAAAUGACUUGGAGGUGUACGAGCGAGAGCUAAAGGAGAAAGUGCAACAGAAGGAGGAGGAACUGAAGCAGCUGCUGCAGCGUAUUGGCCCCGUUACUGUAAUUGCAGGCUUACCGCCAUCGUCGUUCUCUGGCCCGUGGCAUCUGCGUAUUACACGUGAAGCCGAUGGGAAGACGGACAGUGAGGGAGUUUUGUCGCCAUCUCCAUGCAUUACAGAAGAGAGACGACACCUUCAAUACACCGUCGGUGGCGGAGACUCUGUAGGCAAACACCGCAGUGAGAAGAGCGACGCGAAGCAAAGGAAAGAUACAUUGCUCUCAAUCGAUAUUGACGCGGUUUCUUCAAUAUCUUUCGCCAGUACUUCCUCCGCGGAGUCUGUUGAGACUCUUGAAAUGGCGCAGCAGCUUCUGACUGUGUGCGACAGGGCAAAAGAUGGGCAGGCACGCCGUGUGCGUUUUGUAAGUCGAAGUCCUCAAGUCCUAUCCAAUGCUGUGGAGGCAUUGGCUGCUGUGGCGGCAGUGGAGGGGGAGACGGGAGAAAAAGCACGCGGAACCCCAUUGCCGCUCUCCCAGGCAUCUCAGGCCCUCACCGGGGAAGGGGGUGACACAGACAACAAAGAUCUUGAUGCUUUAAUGCUUAUCAGAAACAUUACGGCGACAUCUAACAUGGGCCUGGAAGCCACUAACCAUGCGGAUUUGCCCAGUCGAGUCCAUGAAGAUAAUGAAGAACCAUGUUACAUACGAGGACGAAGAAAGCAAAAGGAACAGCAACAACAGAAAGAAGAGGUGCAACUUCAUCCACUUCACACCGUUACGAGUGACGCAUCACCCACUAAUGCGGAAGAUAUUUCGGCGGUGGUGGAGCUGCCGAAGGUUAAUUCUACACCAGGCUCUUGUGUCACACGUUCAUUACGUCGGCACAGGAGCGAAAGCGGGCAGCCGCAGCAAUUAUGCAGCGGUCCUCCCGCGAAACGUUCACAAAUCUCUGUUUCUCCUACAGUCAGCGCCGCUUGGCCUUACCAUGUGAGUGACACUCAGAUGGAGGGCAGGGGUGCCGGCAUCAUUCUUGCCUGUGGCCCCACUUUGUUCUUUGAAUAA